AUGCUGCACGAGUCCGUCGUCGUCACCGAACGCGGCGCCGUGGGCGGCGGCAAAGCGCUGACGAUCACGUCGUUCAUCCCCAAGGGCGACAUCGUGUGGUGGGAAGACCAAGAGACCGAGCCGGAGUGGGUCUCGAUCCCGCGGUGCAAGCUCUACGUCGACUCGCUCCCGCCGCGCGAGAGGAAGAUCUUCGAACAUUACAUGUACAAGGUCGGCGAAGACGCGUACGAGGCGCUCCCGGAGUUCGACCGGAUCCCGAUGUCUCAGUGGCAGCUCCAGAGCGAGGACCCGUCGAUGUACAUGAACCACUCGUGCGAGCCCACGUGCUGGUUCGAACCCACGAGGGUGGAGUGGGACGGCGUCGUCGUGAUGACCGCGUCGCGAGAUCUGCGUCCGGGCGACGAGCUCACGUUCGACUACGCCACCUCCGAAGACGCGGAGCAGUCGUGGAAGUGCCUGUGCGGCGCGCCGUCGUGCCGCGGGCGCGUCACCGGGGACGACUGGCGCGCGCCGGAGUUCCAGGCGAAGUACAAGGGCCACUGCAUGCCGCACGUCGAGAACCUCAUCGCGGGGACCGCGCGCGCCGACGGCGAGAACGAGUACUAUUUCCCGGACGCGUUUCUCGCGCCGAAGAACGUGUCGUCGGCGCGCCACGCGCACCCGGAGGCGUUCUUCACGAAGGAACAGUGCCGCGCGCACGCGAAGGCGGUCUCGAAGAAGUACCCCCUGGGGCUGAACGAGACGCCCGAGCUCGGGACGUACGUCGAGUUCAACGGCCUCUUCGACGAGGACGGCGCGCCCGUCCGCGGCGGCGGCGUCAUCCCCGCCGGGGAGACCGUCGUGUUCCUGCCCCCGAACGUCCUCAAACGCGACUCGCAGAUGAAAGGCUCCGUCGCGGCGUACAACGCGUGCCUUCAAGUCCGCCCGUCGAAGCAGCGCCCUGGGGCGCUCUACUCUCUUAGCGAGACGCCGAACGACUUGGACAACUUCCUCAACCACUCGUGCGAACCCAACUGCGACGUGACGGUGUACCCGACCAACUACGCGAUCAAACUCACGGCGAACCGGGACGUUCACCCCGGCGAAGCGAUCACGAUCGACUACGAGCACACGGAGGAGGACCUCAUCAUGCAGGGCGGCGCGUUCGAGUGCGCGUGCGGAGCGCCGAGUUGCCGCGGGAUGAUCGCCGGGUGGAAGCACCGCGUCUCCAUGUCCCCGAAGACGCCCUCGCCGGAGCCGGAGUCGGAGCCGAUCAAAACGCCGGAGACGGCGCCCGUUCCCGCAUUAGCCGUAGCUACUCCCGUGGUCAUGGCCGCCUGA